AUGAAGGAUUCAGCAAACCUGACGAUUGGAAAGAUCUUUUACGUCUUGGUCUUUUUUCAGUUUCCGCUCUUGUACAUUUUUCAUAAAGGCCAUACCAUCCCAUUUUAUGCGUCAUAUGACGGGAACUACUACAAAACUCUGGUCAAAGAGCUCUCAAGCGAUGUCUGGGAGUUUAUCAAUGAAGAUCAAAAUAAGCUAGCGAGCAUUCAGGUGAUCAAACAAGUUGUCCAGACAUUUGUGAUGCAACUCCAAUCAAAAAAUGAAGGAAUCAAGGACGCCGAGGAAUACGAAUUGGUCAAGGACACCAUAUCUUCCUACCUCAUCGACACAGCUCUAGAAGAUGUAACGAACAAUAUUUUUCACCUCCCGAAGCCCGAAAAAACACAUGACUACCCCGAAAAUUGGCAAUCCUGUCUCGAGACUCCUCCAAAACUCCGGGGUCAACUCGAAGUCGAUCUGAAUCAAACCGCUGGUCCAAAGUCCUUCAGCGAGAUCGCCACCGACUCCCCCGCUCUCAAGUCCGGCGGCCACUGGUCCCCAGCCUAUUGCAAGGCAAAAAAUCGGGUCGCGAUCGUCAUUCCUUAUCGAAAUCGAGAAAUUCACCUGCGCUACUUUUUGAUGUACAUGCACAAGACUCUCCAGCGACAAGAGCUGGACUACCAAAUUUUUGUCGUCAACCAAGUCGAUGAUAAUUCCUUCAAUCGUGCGAAACUGCUCAAUGUUGGAUUUGUGGAGGCAAUGAAGCAAUACGACUGGCAAUGCUUUGUUUUUCAUGAUGUCGAUCUUGUCUUGGAAAACGAUAAAUGCCUGUACCGUUGUCCCGAAAUGCCGAGACAUAUCUCCGUUGCCAUCGACAAGUUCAAAUACAAGCUUUUAUACGCGGCCAUUUUCGGAGGAAUAACAUCGAUGACGACGGACCAGUACAUUCAACUCAACGGCUAUUCAAAUCUCUUCUGGGGAUGGGGAGGCGAAGAUGAUGAUAUGUUUAACAGAAUUCGUUUCGCAAACAUGAAAAUUCUCCGUCCUCCACCAACAACGGCUCGUUUCAAAAUGAUCAAGCAUGAUCAUGAAUCAUCAAAUAAACCGAACCCUAAAAGAUUUUCUCUCCUGAAAAAUUCUCUUUCAAGAAUGUCCGAAGACGGCCUUAACUCCCUGGAAUACACCGUCAAAGCGAUCCAUAAAUUCCCAACGCAUACGAUGAUCGACGUCGACCUAGGAAACGAUGGCCGACCUAAGGCAAAAGUUACACUUCAACAGCUUCGACCUCAAACUUGA